CAUCCCCAUUUGCUCCGUGUCAGCAGCCUCAUCCCCACCCGACCCCUGCAACCUCGAGCUCCUCUACCACAGUCAGUGGCGAGCUCAUGGCUGACAAUACCAGAUCGGACCGAAAACCUAGCCUUCUAGGAGGCGACGACCGGCCGGCUGACACCGGAGACGAGGCCAUGUUCCUGGACCUGGAGGUGCCUCACGAAGCCGACCUCUCCUGGGUGGAGCGAGGAUUGCUCUCUGCUCUGGGGGUGCCCCUCGAACAGACUCCCCCAACUGACCCGGCUGGUGGUGAAUUGGCUGUUGGUUCAACUGGAGACUUGUAUUACAUACCAUCUGGAACACCAGAGAAGUUGGACGACUCUCUGGGGGACCAACUUUGGAGUCGUAUGGGGUGGGAUGAACAAGAUUUCGUCGUCAAUGUCGAGAAAAAACAGGAUUCAGAUGAUGAUACUCCCCUCUGAUAAUUUCCAAGUAUAUUGUCUUAUUUAUAUCAUGUGCAGCCAAUACAUAAAUUAUAUAAGAAAUCCCUUCUCGGCAUUUGAUAGCGGUCUUUCUCCUGUUGCUUGCCUAAUUCACGCGCUACUUCUUCAUCAGUUUCUUUAGAGUUGCCUGCUGUAAUACGGGGAAAAAAAAUAUUCAGCAGAGAUGAA